AUGAGCAGUGGAGCAGAGAUCCGGGGUCGACGGGGCGAGUGGAGAGGAGGGGCAGAGCGGCGGGUCGAGCAAAGGAGAGGACUGGCGGGGAGGAUGAUGGGGUCGUCGGGGAGGGGAGAUGGUCUCGGCGAGCCGGCAAGGGGAAGCUUGGUGGAUGGUGGUUGGCGGUCGGCGAAGAAUCAAAGGGGGAGGGGGGUUGCUGGUGGCUGGCUGGGGUAA